AUGUCCACUAUCAAAAAGAUGAAGAUGCAGGCGCUCCAGAAAGGUGCUGCGAAAACGACCCAAUGUGCGUAUCAGCGUCAGGGCGACGGAGAGAAAGCCAUGAAAAAAGACGGUGAGGCUUUGCGGGUUGCGUGCCUGGGAGCCGGUUAUUUUGCCCGUUUUCACUACGAGGCUUGGCAGGGUCUACAGCGCGUCAGGCUUGUCGGCGCCUGCGACCGCGACCUGGAAAAGGCGAGGGCGACAGGUUUUCCCGCGUUCGAUGAGUUGAAAACGAUGUUGAAGAUGGCGCGGCCGGAUCUGCUCGACAUUGUCACACCGCCGCAGACCCACCUUGCAGCCAUUCGCAUGGCAAUAGACAAUGGCGUCAAGGCACUCAUUUGCCAGAAACCGUUUUGCAACUCGAUCGAAGAGGCAAGAGAGGCCGUUCAACUGGCUGAAGCAGCGGGCAUUCCUCUUGUCGUCCACGAGAAUUUCCGGUUCCAGCCCUGGUAUCGCGCAAUUAGACAGGCGCUUGACGACAAGCUUGUCGGUGAUUUGCUGCAGGUCACAUUCCGCCUGCGCACCGGCGACGGGCAGGGGCCGGAAGCGUAUCUGGACAGGCAACCCUACUUCCAGCAGAUGCCGAGGCUGCUCAUUCACGAAACGGGCGUUCACUGGAUCGACACAUUCCGUUAUCUGCUCGGUGAACCCGACGCGGUCUACGCGGAUCUGCGAAAGCUGAACCCGGUGAUUGCCGGGGAGGACGCCGGGUACUUCAUUUUCGACUAUCCGAACGGUGCCCGGGCGUUGUUUGACGGCAACAGGCUGCUCGAUCACGCCGCUGAAAAUUGCAGGACGACUCUCGGAGAAGCGCUUGUGGAGGGAACAUUGGGAACGCUCAGUCUUGCUGGAGACGGUUCCGUGCGAUUGCGGUCUUUCGGCUCGACGGAAGAGAAGGUGCUGUUGGCCGCUCGAAAGUGGCAGGGCUUCGGAGGUGACUGUGUCAAGAAUCUGAUAUGUCACGUAGUUGAGGGUCUUCUUGACGGCAAGCCGUUGGAGAACGAGGCAAGGGACUAUCUCAAGGUGAUUGCGAUCGAACGGGCACUCUACCGUUCUGAUCGCGAAGGCAUGAAAAUCCGGGAGUUCGAAAGUGCUUGA